CUCAUGUGUGUGUGCGAGUGUUCAGUGCUCUCUAAAACAUUUGCUUUAUGGAUCUUGUUUGAGUUGUUGCUUUGUUGAAAGGCAUUGUCCGCUGGAGUUGUUUUAUUGUUGUUGUCAUUUGUGGACAACGUCAUGGCUGUGUACACGUAUUUGUGUUAUGUUACGUUUCGUUUCUUUUCAUCUGUUUUGAUUUGUUUUUGGAAAUAAAAAGACGACAAACAUCAGCAACAAUACCAUCAACAAACAAAACAUUAUAACCGACGGCAUCAAGCGGUUGUUACUACGAAUCAACUUGACUCGCGUACGAAAACCGCCAAAGCAACAUCAAAAACUAGCAAAGCCGAAUAAGCGGGCGGACAGACAGACACACUGGCAAGCCCAAAACGACGAAGCAAACAACUAAACCGUCCGCUCUUACGUACCAAUAACCCAAACUCUGACACACACACACACACAUACGCCGAGACACACUCGCUCGCACACCGCACACUCACCGUGAGUCGGUCGAGCAUUCAGGCAAGCUGAAGCAGAAGCAUAAUCAAAUACACACAAAACAACAAAGUGUAUUUACGAAAAUCAGUCGUUGAUAGCCAACUCUCGUGUUCAGACGAUAAGCGCUUUUUUUGGAGAAGAAGAGAAAGAGCACCCCCACAAAUACACCACAAUAAUAAGCCAACCAUUGAACGAACGGACCAACAGACAGACCGACCUCUCCGACAGCAGCAGCAACAACAAUAACACGUAACGCAAUCGAUGUCAAUGAUACGUCGUCGUAUUGCGAACGUAUGCACUCGAAACGUCACCGGACAGAAAGAGAAGACAAACACCAUACGCACCGCUCCACUGCUGUCGUCGUAUUGCAGCAGCACUCGGUUGAUCGUCACAACUCUCGGUGUGAAACCCGCAUAAAUACAGAAAAUUUCUUAUUGUUAUUUUGUUGUUGGUUUCUUUUUCCCCCAUCUAUUUUCGAAACAUUUGUGCACCGCAUAUAAAAGCCCAACGAAAGUAAAAGAAAACGGAGAAAUCUAAUCAAAAUAUCAAAAAAAUUCAAUGGUGGAUAUGUUAUAAACUUCUCAUGUUUAACAAAUAAACAGUUUGACAGACAAAGAAAAAACCCCCACAAAAAUAUUCAAUUUAACACGGGAAUCGCAGUUUUAUUCUUAGACUAUUUUUGCUAAGGUCUUGCUCCAAUUCCAGUCUCACCCCGCAAAACCUUCCUUUUCUCCCCUCCCUCCACACAUCUUGCCAAUAACAACAGCAGAACAAGUGGAUUAUGCUUAGGCACUCUGACAAAGCGAUACGUCAUCAGCAGCAACGGUUAACCCAUGGCGAACGACUUAUAGCAUUAUACGCCUUAGCACCAGCACACAUCAAUAGCCCCCACCAACUUAGACAUAGUGAUGGUGGUAAUAGGAGGCAACAACCAAUGCUUGAUCUAAACCAUAUACGUCAGUACAAUCAAAAAUUCAAUAAACGCAUCAUUUUCAAUCUCGAAUUGUACCACAAAAAUAUUGUGAAAAAAACCAACAGCAUCAUCAUUACGUGCCACAGUGAUCAGCAGGGCAUCCAAAGCCAUUCGAGCUUAGUAAAAUAUCGCGGCAAACGCAAGUCCUAAUUACGACCUAAGAGAAAACCAUCAGAAAAAAGAGUAAAGAAUAAAUAAAUCCGCAAGUGUUUAAAGUGUUCAAAAUAUUAUAAAGGAAGUGAAACCACUAAAAUACGAAAAAAAGUUAAAAAUUAUUGAGCUGAGUUCUAAGUUCAAAAAAGCGUAAAAAAUUCUAUUGGUUAAUGCAAUCUGGCAACCUCAAGCACUUAUAAAUCCAUAAAACAAAAAACAAAGUGAUUAAAGUGAAAGAAGUAAACAAAAAAAAAAAUUAUUUGUAAAGCCAUCUGGUAUAUUGUCAGAAUUUUAAUCAAUCCAUUAAAUAAAAACAAAAAUAUUAAAUAAAGUGAAAAAAGCAUCAACAAAUUCUAUUGUACAAAAAGAUCUGGCAACAUAUUGCUGCUCACACCUUUCAGUGUACCAAUCAAUCACUAUACAAAUGCCAUAUGCUAAUUUGAAUGAAAAAAAAUUAGAAAUUCAAUUCAUUUGCUAAAAAAGAAAUUGGUGCAAACAAAAAAGUUUGGAGAAAACAUCGUUACCAUAUUUUUACAUUUCUUAAAGCUGUUUACUUAACAUAGCUGUGCAUACAUAACCUACAACGGUAAAGCUAACAGAGCAUCAACUAACACAGAGAGAAGGCGUAUGAAAACAAAACAAACAUCAGCUGUUCAGUGUUCGCGGUUGCUCUCAUAAAAUUAACAGAGCAGAGUAAAUAAUCAAAACAAAAAAGAGAGUAUAAUCGAUUGGAAGAGUAAGAAAAGUGUUUUUGUGUUUCAAAUAAAGUGGAACAAAGUGUUUUUAAAAUAAAAUAAAAACAAUUGAAGAUAAUCGUAUAACACUUAAGUAUCAAAUAAAGUGUGGUGAAGGUAUAUUAAAUAAAAAUUAUAAUAAUUCAAACCUAAUAACAAAUACAAAGUGAAAAAAAUCUAAAUAUUUUUUAAACGAAAAAAAGUAAAAAAAAUUUUUUUCAUAACAAGAAAAAAUUAAUAAUUAAACCAAAAUUUUAUCUUAAGAAAGCCACAUAAGCAAGUUUAUCAAAAGCAAUACAAGUGCAAUAUUUAACAAGAAAUCAUAACGAAAAUGAAUAUCUCACAACAAGUGUUUGUCAACAACAAAAUAAAAUUAAAAAAACAAAAUUGAUAGAAAAUCAAAAUCAAUUGAAUUGCGCUCAAAAUUUUCUUCCAUUUCAACUGAACCUUAAGUUGUACAUCUUGGGCCGUUUUAAGCGCUUAAAGCAAUAUAAAAUAAAUCUUUGUCUUCCCUUCCGUUUCGUUUCCUCUUCCCCUUUUGCGGUAAAUUCACUUUAAACAAAAUGUCUACCGGGCGCCGUUUAGCUAAACGUUCCAUAAUCGGCACCAAAGUUUGUGCGCCUGGGCCUGAUGGUCUUUGGUAUUCGGGCGUCAUACAAGACGUUAAAACCCCACCCACUUCGACCGUAACAAGUGCCAAUAUCAACGACAAUAACUCACAGAACAAUAGUGCCAAUGACACAAAAUAUAUCGUAAGAUUUGAUUUUAAGACCCAAGAUACAAAUCAUACUGCCAACAUAGCCUCAACCUCGGCUGCCGCAGCCGCCGCCGCCGCCGUGAACGAGGCCCGUCGCCAUAUCAGUGUUCAUAUAAGUCCGGCCCAGACCUUAAGACGUAACGCCAUGAUUAAAGAAUUCCGUGAAUCAGAUCUCAUCGGUCCUGGUUUUCGUUCAAUUAUGGGGGUACGUUUACAUCCAGGCCAAAGGAUCUUUCUCACCUAUAAUGGACGCGAAACCUCGGGGGAUGUCAUCGCCCACGAUGAGGAGAAGGACGAAGUGACUGUGAAAAUUACUGCCAUUGGAUGUGAGGAACCCAUUGAAUUGAAGAAACGCUUGGAAGAAGUGCGUCUGCUUGAAUCGCGACGCUCAGCACGCUUAGCCGAUCAGGAUACAGAUUUUGCACGUUUAGCCGACAUGGGUGGAGACAGACGCAAGCCAUCACACAGUAUUGAGGUGCCAUUAUCAGCCACGCCCCAGCACAAUUCACGCAAACGUCCACCAUCGUGUGCAACGGAAUGCAAUGGCGGCGAUCAAUACGACGAAGAGGAAAUGAAUGAAAAUAAUGCGGCCAUGAUUUUGGUUACCCUGUCACUUUCUCCAAAGUCACCCAAAAACGGAGAUAAAUGGCUGGGCUCCAGCCCUGGCAGUUCAUCGGCCUCGUGGAGUUCGGGUUCAUCAUCGCCACCCCUAAGCGAUGAUGGUCACAAUAUGGGUGUAAUCACAAACGAUGCCUCGGCGAAUGCCCGUAUACGCACCACAUCCGUCUCAACAUCCGACGAAGGCAUUGUAGUGGAUUUCAAAGAAGACGCUCCACGCAAGAAAAGGGCCAAUAAAACAAGAUUUGUUUGUACCUGGAAGGGCUGCACCACUAGUGAACAUACGAAGGUUAAAAUUGAACGUCACAUACGUUUUGUCCAUCUUGGUAAAAAAGCUCGUCGCACAGCCGAUCACCAUUUAGAUAGUGAUAGUCAUGACAGCGAUAGCCAUGAAGAGGAGUUCUAUUAUACAGAGGUCGAGGAUGAUGACGAUGACUGCAAAACUCCUAGUCCUACAUCACCACCAACACUUAGCCACCGUGACAUGGCACGCCCGCCACACGAAGAUCCCGAAUACCAAAAACAACUAGUCGGGAAUUACAAACAAGGACGCGCUGCCGCCCAACAGCAAAGCAUAAAUGGCAGACAUCAUGUGCAUCACAUUAAUGGUCAGACAGUGUAUAUCAGCAGCAGCCAACAACAACAAUUACACAAUAAUAAUACCAGUUGUAUACCAACAUCACCGUUGGCCCAUCACAAUUACACAUGGCCACCGGCCACAGCAAACACAGUGAUGACUACAACAAACACCUCAAAUAAUGCUGCCGCAAGUAAUUAUCACAAUCAACAACAACAACAACAGCAGCAGCAGCCAACGACAUCAUCACCACAACUCAAUAAACAUGCCCGGGGCUCUCCACGUCCGUCCCAAUCAGCAGCGCCAUAUCCAUCGCCGACAUACGUCCAUCAACAUCACAACUACAGUAGCCCAGCGCCGUCGAUCAGUCCCAAUAACAAUAUGACAAAUGCUGUAGUAGUACAUCACAACAACAGUGCCAAUAGUGUGCUGCAACAGUUGUCGCAACAAAAUGUAACGGUUACGACACACAAUAGCAACAGUCAGCACCAUCACAGUAAUCAACCACAACAGCAACAACAACAACAACAGCAGCAGCAGCAACACCAGCAGCAUCAGCUGGCUACAGUCACCAUAACACCAAAUUAUACACAAGUGCGUGGUGUUAGGGGCACCAAUAGCAGUAAUGGCCACCAUCAAGAGACCCACCAUCAACUGCAACAUCACCAUCAGCCCCAUCACCAACAGCAGCAACAUCAUUUGCAGCAUUCGCCAACAGCCACUGCCAGCAACCGAAUGGUUGCCAACAAUACAAACUCCAAUUGUGCUUCGUCCACUGCCACAACAUCAGUAGUGGCGUCGGCGGCGGCGGGGGGCCAUCUACACCACCAACAGCAUGUCGCUGUGCAACAUGCUAAUAGACAAACGCCCAACUCACCGAAUCGCCGCACUAGAGGCGAAAAUAAGAAGUGUCGCAAAGUCUAUGGCAUGGACCGCCGCGAUAUGUGGUGCACCCAAUGUAGGUGGAAAAAGGCCUGCAGCCGAUUUGGUGACUGA